AUGGUCGCAACAUUUUCACCUCACCGGGAUGCCGGCGGAACUUUGCACCUACCUUCUCCUACUGGAAUCCAUCAUGUGGAUGCUAGCUCGGCAAUAAGACAACUGCGCCGCUCUUUGUCGCGCUCUCCUUCAAAGAGUUCUGACUUUCGUUUCUUGUCGCGCCCGCACUCUUCUCAAACGACUCCCUUUAUUUCCUCCCCGCUAUCGCCGUCGCGUCGUGGAAAUCUCUUUUUUGUCCCAGCGACCACAUCGAACUUAUCGGCAGCUACGCCAGCACCUUCGAAGCCGACAUUUUCAUCAUCAACUACAACUACCGCAGCUCCACCAGCCACACCUGUCGCGAUACCCUAUCCACCAAGCUCAAAAAUAACUCGACCGCUAAUGUGCAGGACUGGAUCCCUGCCAAAUACGCGUCAACGUACUUCUCCAAAGAGUCCCUCGAAGAGAGUUUUGAAUAUCUCUAGUGAUCAAGGCAAUGCAACUGCUACGCCGCCUGUCGUGUCAUUGAUCGAGAACGAAAGCUUCCUUCAAGAGCCUAGUAUUACAUCAUCUGAGAACUUCCAGCUCUUUUCAAACAAUAUCUCCACAGACAACAACAACAACAACAACAGUAGUAACCUCACGUUCAAAUCAACCUUCAAUCGGAUUGAAAAGCGACGCAGUGGUACCUUUGGGUCUCUGACCACAGCAGUUAGCCCCCUGAAAAGAAGUGACGGGGCAAUGAACCUCGACCAAGCUGAAUUUGCAAGUCCGUCAGCAAAACGUCGCAGCUUACAUAGCGUUGGUGGAACGCCCGAUUUCAGCAUUUUUGACGCGACUGACAGCUUCUCGUCAUCCAACGAAACCUCAGACAACAUGGUUCGCGAAACUGAACCGCAACCUUUUACUUUCUCCAGUCUACCUGGAGGCAACUUUGCAACCAUCCCAAAACGCUCAUCUUCUCUAAGACGCUCGACACUUCAGCAACGCCAGGGUGAAAGAUCGCUCUUCGGUCGUUCGCGAUUAAUGAACGUGGAUUUCCCAGACUCUCCCUCCCCCCCAAAGAGUCCAAUCGCCGCCAUGCAACAACGCUACCCUCUAGGCAGUGGCCUUUCAACUACUCCCAGUCAUGAGAGUUUAUUCACCCCACAACCACCGCCUGCAUCGAAUAAUCCACUAUUUGCGAAUGUUCAGCACGACAUUCCUAGUACAACACCCCACGCGGCGCAUCCUCUUUCUCGCACCAUCACGCAGUCUUCUUCAAGCUCCAGUCUGGCCGAUGAUUCACCGACGCAUGAGCCAGUUCAUAAGACUGAUCGUCCAAGGCCAAUAUUCAAUUUCUCGAAAUCUCUUCCUGUGGGUGCCAUCAGACCAGAAGCUCCCCGCCAGUUCACUCGAGAAGACUCAAACGCCUCCACGGAUUCCUUUGCGACGCCAGAGAACUAUCGACAAGCAAAGCCCUAUGCUGCUGCAUUCAUGUCUACUGGGCUGAUAUCAAAGAAGAACCGAAACGCAGAGGACCUUCAGAGCUCGUUUGGCUCCAGUAAGAAUAUGCCCGAUACUCCUUGCAAGCGAUCGUCAACUUUUCUGCCAUCUGCGCAGAAGGCGCUGCCUGUUCGACCAAUUUCACGAACAAAACUAGCUCGCCAAACAUUUGUUGCUCCUUCCACCCCAUCACACAGCGCAGUUCCAGCUUCAGGUCCGUUUUCACGAGGUAACGGUGGCUUGAGCAAUGUUUUCAACCGACCUUACCCGUCACGUAGGGAUAGCUUUGUGAGUGUCGAUGGCGACGAUCGAUCAAUCUCCAAUUCACCUUCGGCACGCCAUGACAAUCAACGAACGAUCGAUUUGGAUCUGCCCCCGACUCCAACCAAGCAAAUUUUCUCCGUAAGUCAUAUGCAUGGGACACCCCUCGGCGAUCCAUCUGUACAGUUGCAGAUCGAUGCUUUGGAAAGUACCACACCUUGCACCCCGAAAGAUGACAAGAUCUUUCCACCGGAUCCAAGUGGACUAUCAAUUUCGGCACCUAACGAGUCAGCCUUAAGCCUUGAUGAUCUGAAUGCAUCUACAAUAACUUUUCCGGCUACUCCCACCGCACCGCGCGACUACUUUGCACCAACUGGUCAGCGGAAAAGCAUGUCUCUUGGUGGUUUCAGUGCUAUGGAUGUCGACACCAGUUUGACGACUCGGUUCGAUAAAGUCGAGCUUAUUGGCACUGGAGAGUUCUCGCAGGUAUAUCGAGUCUCGAACUCUCCUGAGAACUCUCAAUACAAAUCGAUAUUCUCCCUGCCGUCAGCCGGCUCUACUUCCCCAGCAGCUCUGCCUGAACGUGUAUGGGCUGUGAAGAAGUCCAAACAGGCAUUUGGCGGCCCCAAGGAUCGCGGCAGGCGGAUGAGGGAGGUUGAGAUUCUGCGGGCUCUUGCUAAUUCAGACCAUGUGAUUUCUUUCAUUGAUAACUGGGAAGAUAGAGGUCAUCUCUAUAUUCAAACUGAAUACUGCGAGGAAGGAAGUCUGGAUAUUUUUCUUGCUCAUGUCGGACUCAAAGCCAGACUUGAUGACUUUAGAAUCUGGAAGAUUCUAUUAGAAUUAUCACAAGGAUUAAAACAUAUCCAUGAUUCCGGCUUCAUUCAUCUCGAUAUCAAACCUGCCAACGUCCUCAUCACCUUUGAAGGAGUGCUUAAGAUAGGCGAUUUCGGCAUGGCUACAACAUGGCCUGCAGAGAAGCACAUUGAAGGCGAAGGUGACCGAGAGUACAUGGGCCCAGAAGUUUUACUCGGAAUGUACGACAAACCAGCCGAUAUUUUCGCCCUUGGUCUCAUCAUGUUUGAAAUUGCUGGAAAUGUUGAACUUCCAGACAAUGGAGUAUCAUGGCAGAAGCUUCGGAACGGUGAUAUUAGUGAUGUUCCAAGUCUGACAUGGAGCUCGGAAACAAGCAUAUUACGUGAUGCAUCGGGCAACCCGUUGUCUGAGAGUUCCUCUUUCGACGAACUCUGCCGCUCUGAUCCCGCGUUUGAGGACUUGGGAGUUGACUUUUCCAGAUCCCGUGUGACAAAACCACAGUACCUUUCUCGCAGAGGAGAGUUGAUUGAGCCUCCCACUUUCACGAUGGAUGCCAACCACGAAGAUUCCUUGGAUAAGCUUGUCCGCUGGAUGAUCACCCCUGACCCAACUAGCCGACCAACUGCUGAUCAGCUCCUACAAGCAUAUGGAACACAAUGGGCUAUGUCCCGCCGUCGCGCUGGGGCCACAGUUUUCGAAGGCAACUGGGGGCCAGCAGAUGAUGUCCUUGAAGAGGACGCAGAGAUGAUUGAUGUUUGA